GGGCUGCGGAGCCUGCGCUGGGGUUGGAGCGACGCGGCCGAGGCUUAGACCCAGUGUGGGGACGAGGCGCAGGGACCGUGGACGGCCUAUCGCUCUUAUUCAAUUGCGUCCCUCAUUGUCGACUUAAGUUUUAGGAACUCUUUAUCCCGAGGGUGUCCAGUGAAAGUCCGGCUGCUUCGGCGUAACAUCAACCGUCGCGCGCAGCAAGAACGGAGUAUUUUGUUGUUUUCCGAGUUUUGACAGAAGUCGUCCACUAAGCGCAGCUACUGCUUCGGAGCUCAGUGGGGAUUAUUCAGUGGACGCGUGUUGUUCAGGGCAAAAGUACAGCUUUACCUUGUUUCGUACAGACUUCGUCUGAAAGUCCGGCCCGCUGUCAAAGCUCCCUUCCCCGCGUCUCUUAGGAAUGCCUGUGGUCACCGGUACGUCUUCGGACAGGUAACCAGGUGCGUUGCAGCUGUCAUGGCCUCGCCUUCCCUGCGGCUAUUUCGUGUCACUGUGGUCACAGUACUGGUGGCGCUGGUUUCGUCUUCAGAGGAACAAGAGUGGCACUUUAACCCAGCUCAGUGUCGUUAUGCCCUGGGGAUGGAGGAUGGCACCAUCCCAGACUCUGACAUCACUGCCUCCAGCGCCUGGUCAGACUCCACUGAGGCCAAACAUGGAAGGUUGAGUACUGGUGAGGGGGAUGGAGCGUGGUGUCCUGCAGGAGCCGUUUUCCCCACUGGAUCAGAAUACCUUCAGAUUGACCUGCACAAACUCCAUUUCUUAGCCCUGGUUGGUACCCAGGGUCGUCAUGCCGACGGGCACGGCCAGGAGUUUGCUCGCAGUUAUCGGCUCCGCUAUUCUCGAGAUGGAGUGAAAUGGAUCACCUGGAGGGACCGCUGGGGCCAGGAAGUGGUGUCAGGUAAUGAGAACACCUAUGACAUUGUGCUGAAAGACCUUGGACCUCCCAUCGUGGCCCGCAUGGUGCGCUUCUACCCCCUAGCUGACCGGGUCAUGAGUGUUUGCCUUCGGGUGGAGCUCUAUGGUUGUGUAUGGAACGAUGGGCUGAAGGCUUACACAGCUCCAGUGGGUCAUGUCAUGCACCUGUCUGGCAUGUCUGUUUACCUGAAUGACUCCACCUACGACGGAAGCACUGAGCAAGGGAUGCAGUUUGGAGGCGUGGGUCAACUGUGUGACGGUGUCCUGGGAGGAGAUGACUUUAUUCAAACUAAGGAGCUGAGGGUGUGGCCCGGGUACGACUACCUGGGCUGGAGCCGGGAAGCCCUUGGGCAAGGCAGCGUGGACAUCGAGUUUCACUUUGAGAAACCACGAGUCUUCCACAACAUGCAGGUGCACAGUAACAACCGCCACACCCAGGGCGUCCGAGUCUUCAGCAAGGUAGAGUGUCUUUUUAAGGCUGGCAUCCUCCAGCCCUGGUCCUCUCCUACCCUCAACAUGCCUGUGCCCCUGGAGGAUCUGAAGGACCCUUCCUCACGACCCAUCUCCCUCCCACUGGGUGGCCGGCCGGCUCAGAUCCUCCGCUGCAAGUUCUACUUUGCUGACCGCUGGCUGCUCAUCAGCGAGAUAUCCUUUCUUUCUGAACCAUUUGAGAAGGAUGUCACAGAGCCUGAUUCAUCUCCUCCUAAUCCCCCCAAGAUUCCUACCAUCAGUUCCUCUCCUCCUCCUGUUAACCACACCACCUCCUCCCCCACAUCGAACCACAGCUCCUCCAACACCACUGCCGGCAGCUUUGAACCCCCCACCACCAUCACCUUCAUGACGGACACCACUGGUAACUGGACGCUGUCAGGGCCAGACUUUGCCGCUGUGACUCCCAGAGCGGGCCUUCCUGUAGCCAAGGAUGACAGCAGUAAUACAGCUAUUCUGAUAGGCUGCCUGGUGGGCAUCAUCCUUCUGCUGCUGGCUGUGAUAGCUGUCAUUCUGUGGAGACAGUACUGGAAAAAGAUACUGGGCAAGGCCCAGGGUAGCCUGUCCAGCGAUGAAUUGCGGGUCCACCUGUCAGUCCCAUCGGACAAUGUGGUCAUCAACAACACGCACAGCUACUCGAGCCGCUACCAGCGCAUCCACACAUUCCCGGACGACCGUGACCAAGACAGAGAGGGAGAAGGAGAGUACCAGGAACCCAGCGCUCUGCUCCGGCCAAGGGAUCACAGAGACAGCACAGCCUUGCUGUUAAACAACCCAGCCUAUCACCUGCUCCUGUCAGAUCACAGAAAAGGUUCGAGAUCCCUAGCCAUCCCCAGCACCGCUCAGGAAAAGAGCCUCAAUGUGCCCCUGGCCUGUGCUUUGGACAUGGACAUGGAGAAGGGUUUCCCCCCAGCUCAGGAGGAGCCUCCUCCCUACCCCGGCUCCCCUCCUUACCCUUCCCUUUCUCCCCCUGUAUCCCCCCCGCUGCCUCCCAGCGUCCCCCACUAUGCUGAGGCAGACAUCGUGAGCCUGCAGGGGGUCAGCGGUAACAACACCUACGCCGUGCCCGCCUUGGCCUCUUCAACCCCCGGGGCCGAUGCCGCCCCGCUGCCAGAGCUGCCACGCCAGUGUCUCAUCUUCAAGGAGAAACUGGGAGAGGGACAGUUUGGGGAGGUGCACCUGUGUGAAAUCGAGAACCCUCAGGACCUUCCCAACUUGGAGUUCCCUUUCAAUGUUAGAAAAGGUCGCCCUCUUCUGGUAGCAGUGAAGAUACUACGACCAGACGCUUCCAAGAAUGCCAGGAACGAUUUCCUGAAAGAGGUGAAGAUCCUGUCUCGCUUGAAGGACCCAAACAUCAUCCGGCUGCUGGGAGUGUGUGUGAGCAGUGACCCGCUCUGUAUGGUCACGGAGUACAUGGAAUGUGGAGACUUGAACCAGUAUCUGUCCCACCGAGUGCUUCUGGAUAAGACGGGGCCUUCACACAACACGCCAACCAUCAGUUACCCGGCCCUCAUCUCCAUGGCCAGCCAGAUUGCAUCAGGAAUGAAGUUCCUCUCCUCCCUCAACUUUGUGCACCGGGAUCUGGCCACACGUAACUGUCUGGUCGGAGGUGAGAGGGGUGAGAGCGGAGAGGAUCCGGGCGGCGAGCGUCACAUCAAGAUAGCUGACUUUGGCAUGAGCAGGAAUCUGUAUGCAGGAGACUACUACAGGAUCCAGGGCAGAGCUGUGCUGCCAAUACGCUGGAUGGCUUGGGAGUGUAUACUCAUGGGCAAGUUCACCACGGCCAGCGACGUGUGGGCGUUCGGGGUCACUCUGUGGGAGAUGCUGAGUGUCUGUCAGGAGCAGCCGUACUCCACCCUCACAGAUGAACAAGUCAUCGACAACGCUGGGGAGUUCUUCAGAGACCAGGGCAGACAGGUGUAUCUGAGCAAGCCGGCUGUGUGUCCUCAGGGUCUCUACGAGCUCAUGUUGAGCUGCUGGAACAGAGACUGCAAGCUCCGCCCUUCCUUUGCCUACAUCCACUCCUUCCUCACUGAGGACGCCAUGAACAUGGUGUAAAGAGCGAAUUAGAGAAACUCAAGAAGAAUGGCAACGUUAAAGAGCGGAAAAGUCCCAUGCGUUUACGCAUUCUUGCUACAGUGGGAAGGUGUCUGAAUCAGUGUGGUGGCGGUGCUGCACAGCAGAUGCAGAUAAGAGGGGAAAGUGGGUUGCUUGCUUUUAUAUUUUGUACUUUUUGGGGGGGAUGGGGCUGAGACACCGCUGGCUCGGUUUAUUUCUACUUCAGACUCCAACCCCAAAGGCAAAACUAACCGCAGCUUUAGAUAGGUAACAGUCUGAGCUACAUUUCAGUGGUUGGUGGCGGGUACAGUCUGCAUAGGAACUUUCUCACCUUCUCAGAUACUUAACAUACAAAGACGGUUUAUGUGACUGGUGGAUGGUUUAUGUGGAUGAAGUGCUGUAGAGUUCAAAAUACAGGAAGCUGCAGACGCUAAACAGCAGAAAAUGCUUUAAACCAUGACCAUAGCAAGCUGGGGAAAGAACAGUUAUUAAGUUUCAUGAAGUUCUCUGUAUUCAACAUCUCAAAUGCUGCAUGCAGGGUAACAGGUUAAGGUGCACAUGCACUGUGAAGUCUGUGGCUGCACAUGACACACAAAGCUCUCUGAACAGAACAGAUGUUCAGAGAUAAAACUGCCUACACAGGGAUUGUCUUAGUAUUUAUAGUAUGUAUAGCCUACUCUACAUGUUUAAAUUGGUUUAAUUCCGUAAGAUUAAUUUCUCUCAGACACAAACAGGUCUAAGAAAAGAUCUUAACACUCAGACAUAGCUGAUGGCUAACUUGGCAGUAUAGACCCCUUGGAUGAUAGGAGAACUUACCAUGUUUGUUGACCCAUCAUCAGUCCUUUAUCUCAGCCCCAAAACCUUACAUAAUGACCCACAUCCACAGCUCUAAGUCUAAGUUAGUGUGGAGUGAUGUGAAAUGAUGUGGACCAGACAACAACAGCCCCCUCUCUUCAGUGUGAUCACGUCAAGUUUGCUCUCAACCACCGACGCCCAUUGUCAAAGUGUUAGAGGCAUUUGAACCCCAUCAAUAAGCCACAGGAAAAAAAAAAAAAAAAAACUGUAUCCCUGGUGCCAAAUAGACUUCUCAAACUUGGAAGAAAAAGACACAGAGGAGGCAAAUCUGCUGCUGCCGACUGAGAUGUGACCCGUAAACUGGAACAGCUUUUCCAAGCAGGGAGACAAUGUUGCCACCCGGGACAGUGGACGGGACAUCUUUAGAUGCGCCUGCUCAGGUGUUUUGGCAAAUUUUUUUUUUUUUGUAUCUGGCUUUGACCCAGACACAAAAGAUAGAUGUAAAAUUCCACAACCAGCUGCACUUUAAGUCCUACAUGCGUAUCCCCCCGAGCCAUGAUGAAUCUCUUCUCUUUGAGGGGCCUGAUAUGAUAUGAUUCCUCUCGGUGUGGAUUCUGAUGCAUUUUACCUGCAGUGAUUUUAAGAUAUUUGCCAAGGGAGAUCAAAAUGCAUCGCAGAUGUAUUUUAUAAGGACAUAAUCUGUUUGCCUUUUUAAAUCAUCUCCGACAAGGUAUUGCCAAACCAUUAGAUGUAAAAUAUUAUUUAAAAAAUGGAAUGGCACCAUCAGCUCAUCUCAUUUUAAAUGUAUGGAAACCUUUUGUUCUGAAACUCUGUGUGUUGAGAAAUGUUCACUCAUCCAAAUGCAUUACUGUAUUUUAAAAACCCAGUUAUGGCAUUGCUCAAACAGGGAAUGCUGGUACAGGGAGUACUGACUUUUAGUGUGAAUGUCAACAUCAACCUCUGCAUUAUCCCAUGUUUAGUACAUUAAGCUGACCGCGGUAGAAUCAAUGCAUCUACCUUACUGAUUUGUAUAGCACUGUAAAUUAGUCCUGAGAUGAUCAAGAUUAUCAAGUACUACAUGUUUACUGAUUAUGAAUGGUUGUGCCAUUUGAGUCAUUUUUGAUACACUGUAGUUCUGCUAAACCCAUAUUUUUUUAUAUAUACUGUAUGUACUUAGACACUCCUUGAUGUCUGAUUUCAUCCUUUUGUGUCUUUGAAGUUGAACGUCAUAGUAUGUACAUAUUUUAAGGACAAAAUUUCCUUUACUAAUAUAUAGAAAGCUCUUUUGUCAAAUUUGGGGUCUUCUGUAUCGCUGUAGAACGCUUGCUACCUUGAUGCUAUUGUAAUUCAUUGUGUUGUCUAUUUUUGUAGAUGUUUUAAUAAAGUUAACCUUUUCAAAUAAAUAAAGAUGGGCUCUAGGGCUGCUACUAA